AAGAAAGAAGUGAAUUGAUCGCUAGGAUCGGUUCAUCUUUCCACUGCAGUGGAUCCACUCGUAAGGAACGGUGCAACACCGUUCUCGGUAGGAUGCAUGCGAACUUAAGAAAAGUCUUUUUGUGUAAACAUCAAAUGGGAAAGAAAAAGUCGGUUUUCGUGUUCUGUGAAAAACCAAACCCUCGUCUCCUUUCACUCUCUCAUUGAACCUUCCCAUCUUCUUCCUCCCUUCAAUUGAGUUCCUAUCAAUAAAUCAAAACCCCCAAACCAUCGCAUCUCCCUAUACACCCAAGAAAGAGAUAUUGUAGAGAACUCAAAGAAACCUUCAUGGGUUCUAUCAGAAUUCUCCCAAGAUCAUCUUCCAUUCUCUUCUCAUCCUCCUUCAUCCUCCUCAUCUUCCUUGUCCCUUCUUUUUUAUCCGACGAUGACGAACGUUUCUCUCGAUGUGCUCCAUUCACAUGUGGAAACAUCCCAAUCCAUUACCCUUUUUGGGUCGAUGUCCAGUCAGAGUAUUGUGGCUAUCCAGGGUACAACCUCAGCUGUCAUGAUAACACCACCGAGAUGGAGAUGAUGUGGAAGCAAUACCUUGUUAAAGAUAUCAAUUACGAUGGCCAGAUAUUAAAGAUCGUUGAUAAGGAUUUCAUGGACGAAGAAUGUCCUCAGCCAUCUAAUACAACCAUCAAUUCAACUCUCUUUGGUUACAGUUCUGGAGAUCUCAACCUCACCUUGUACUACAAUUGCCCAUCUUCAAUUCCCACUUCUAAUUUUCCCUUGUACUCUCUUCCUUGCCUUACAAAAAACAACAAUUAUGCUUUCUUUACAUUCCAACCCUUCCCUCCUCACAACGACCUCCUUCGUAACUGCCAUAUCAGCAAUAUUUCUCUUAUCGAAACGGCUAGGCCUCGACUCGAGGUCAAUCCUGACAUAUUCGGGGAAGUCCUGAAAGAAGGUUUUGAAGUGGAGUGGACAACAAAAAGUGAGUGGUGUGUAGGUUGUAUGGAAACGAAUGGGCGGUGCGGAUUCAAUGCAACCACUCUACAAUACAUCUGUUUGUGCCGUGAUCAACCGCGCAUUGACAACUGCAACGGCCUGCCAGUUCCAAUCAUCCAGCCGGGUAGAAAUGAAGGCAUGGAUAAGAAGAAGAUCAUUGCCAUAGGUAUAUCUACAGGAGCAGGUUGUUUGCUUCUAGCAGGCUUUCUUUUCUUUCUCAUUCCAGCCAACUCUUCUGGUUGGUCAAGAAGAAAUUGGAAGAAGAAAACCAACAAUGCAGGUGAUGGUCGUGAUGUUGAAGAGUUCUUAGAAAUCUAUGGAUCCUUGGCUCUGAGAAGAUACACUUAUUCAGAUCUCAAGAAGAUUACCAACUCUUUCAAAGAUAGUUUAGGCCAAGGAGGGUAUGGUGGUGUGUUCAAAGGGAUGCUACAGGAUGGCCGUCUUGUGGCCGUGAAGGUCUUGAAUGAAUCCAAGGGUAACGGAGAAGAUUUCAUUAACGAGGUCUCCAGCAUUGGUAGGACUUACCAUGUGAAUAUCGUCUCUCUCCUAGGUUUCUGUUCAGAGGGGUCUAAAAGAGCACUUAUCUAUGAGUUCAUGCCGAAUGGAUCUCUAGAAAAAUUCAUCUACACUGAGAAACCAAGACAAUCACAUCCCCUGGGAUCAGGACUUUUGCCCCAAGAUCUCAGAUUUUGGGCUAGCAAAGCUGUGCCCGACGCAAAACAGUAG